AUGACUUCGCAGAACCAGCCGGCGGCGCCGAGCCAAGACUCGGCCACGCCGACGGCCGAGCCGCUUCGGGAUGCGCCGACACCGACGUCUUCGGUCUCGGCCGCGCCAGACAAGCGUCCGAGAUGGCUCUACGCCAGGGGCAAGGGAUGGGCGACCUUUGCCGUCGAGGACGACAAGGCGCUCGAGGAGCGAUGGCAGCAGCUCGGCGGCGCACAGUGGGCCGAGAGCCUCGAGGCGGCCCAGGGCGAUGACGAGGACGACGAGGAUGGUACGCAACGACAGGGACAGGGUGACGGCCAAGGCGACGAUGCAGCAGAGCAGCCCAAGGCGAAGCGUCGACAGCGCCCGCCUAUGCCCACCGCACCGCCUUCGGGCGUCGAUGCCGUCCGCUCGGCCAUCAGCGGCGUCACAGACCUGCCCGGAAAGGCCAAGCGCACCAUCAAGCAGACCGCCGACCAGGCGUCGGGCGCCAUGUCGAAACCUACCGGCUCGGACACGCCGCUGACAAAGGUGGCAAAGGGAGCAAAGAAGGCGACGGAACACGAAGGCUCCGGCAGCGACGGUGUCAAGGCAAAGAGCGACGGCGACGACCGCAACACGGAUGCGGAUGGCAGCGACGCCCCCUCGUCCAAGCAAAAGGACGGGAAGACCAUGGUCAACGAGAUCCUGGACCCAGACCAGCCAGAGUCUGAGCGCCGCUCCAAGGUCGCCGUCAUGGAGGACAAGCUGUUCGACGUCGACCUCGAGCGCAUGGUCCUCUACCCAGUCUUCUGGAAGGGCGUGCUCCUGAAAGUGGUGCGCGCAGAGUGGUUCUACUCGUCCUCGACCGACGGCUCCUACGCGCCCAUCUCGUGGGACGAUCACCUCAGCGGAGAUCUCGACGCCGCCUACGACAAGGCAAGACCCUGGACACGCGGCGAGGACGCUGCCACCGACGUCAAGAAGCCCAAGGACGGCAAGCGCAGCGAUGCAAAACAGGGGAGCGACGAGGAAGAGGUGGUCGACAAGGACGACCUCGUCCCCCUGCCGAGCAUGGAAAAUCAGGGAAGGAUCCUCUUCGAGGACGCCGAGGUCGGACGCAUCUUUUCCGAGGACCUGCGAGGUCGCUUCCUCUCGGUGCUGGGCGGGUCCAUCGUCGUCCGCGGCUUCGACAAGGCCGAGGCCAUAGCCCGCCAGAAGUCGAGCGGCUCCUACCUGCCAUUUUCGCUGCCCUGGGCCGCCGACGAUGAGGACGCCUCGGACGACGAGUCGGGCGAUCAGGCCGGGGACGCCAAGCAGCGCCGGCAGGAGCAGGGCUCCACCUUUGGCGCCCGCAGCGCUUCGAAGAGGGAGGGCGCGGCUCGCCCGGGCGGCAAGCCUCCUGCAGGUGGUGGUGCCGACGAGUCGAGCCCCUCAAAGGCCAGCGGAGAUGAUACGGACGAGCGCAAGUCGUUUGCGUCGCGUUUGUGGCCAUCGAGCGACUCCCUCACCCGCCCCGCCGUGGCGUUGCUGCGCAUGGUAGGCUACAGCAGGGACGACGCCGCCGAGGAGGGCAAGCGGCGGGUCAAGCAGAAGGCGACCGAGGACGAAGUGGACCGACAGCGCAACUCGAACACGGCGCAGGGAUCCGGCGGCGGGGAAAAGGUCGACGCGUCCAAGGAAAGCGACCAGCCCGAGAUCGACGAGGAUCUCAAGGACGAGCCGCCGGAGCUGGUGCUCGCCAUCCAUGGCAUCGGACAGCAGCUUACCGAAGACUUUGACGCUCUCGACUUUGUCUACGACGUCGAGCGGCUCCGCAACGUGUCCAACAAGCAGGCGGCCGACCCGGCGGUCCGCAGGCUGGCACGAGGGCGGAGGGCGCAGUACAUCCCCAUCUGCUGGCGUCGCGCGCUCAAGUUUGACGAGAAGCCCGAGGGCAACGACAACUUCUAUACCCUGGACGACGUGACCAACUCGGCCGCCAUCCCCAUCGUACGCAACGUCAUCAGCAAAGUGGUCCUCGAUGUGCCAUUCUACCUUUCUCACCAUCGCCAGAAGAUGAUCGAGUCCGUCACCGCCGAGCUCAACCGGACCUACCGCCUCUUCUGCCGACGCAACCCGGACUUUGAGAGGAAGGGCGGGCGCGUAUCGAUCAUCGGCCACUCGCUCGGCUCAGCGCUGGCGACCGACAUUCUAUCUGCGCAGCCGACGCGCGUGCCGCCGAUGCACGAGGUCGCUGAAGAGGACCCGGACCGGCUCAAGGAGAACAAGCACCUGCACUUCAACGUCAAGAACCUCUUCUUCAUCGGCUCUCCCGUGGGCUUCUUCCUCUAUCUUGAUGGCGGGCAGCUCAUCGCUCGGCGUGGCACCCUACGCAGCCGCGCGGAAGCCAAGGAAGGCGAGGAGGACGCCAGCUGGGAUGCACAGGGCAAGUACGGCUGCCUGGCGACCGAGACAGUCUACAACAUCUACAAUCCCACCGACCCGGUCGCCUUCCAGCUGGGAGCCACGGCGGACCGCACCUACGCCAGUAUGGUCAAGCCCAUCCCGAUUGCAGAUGCGGCCGGUGCGCUCCUCCAGGCCCUCGCCCUGCCGCGGCUGAGCGUGACGAGGAUCUUUGAAAAGUACGGCGAGCACCCGUUCAAGGGCGUCGGCAAGAUUGUCUGGCAGGCGCAGCGCUACGAGGAGGGCAACGACGACGAUGACGAGCCCGGAUCGGAGGACGGGGCGGCCGACAUCGACGAGAUCGCGGCGUCCGAAAGGCGGCUGCAGAAGGAGCGCGAGUUGGGACGCAAGAUCCUCGACUCUUCGCACUUCCUCAAGCAUGUCCGCAAGAUGAAGAAGCUCGACGAGGACGCCAAGAAGAAGCGGGAGCAGGCCGACCGAGAGUCCAAGGAGGAGGGCGAUGAAAAGGACGGCGACGAGGGCCGGGGCCACGACGAGCAGGACGGCGAGGCAGAUACCGACGACGGCAGUGACGGCGGGUCGAAGCAGGCGCUGGUAGACGAGCCAGCGCCCAUGGCAACCGAGGUCGGAACGCUACAGAAGCGCCUGCAACCGCGCCGAACACUCGACACGGCCAAGAAGCGCGGCCUUUCGCUGCAGACCGCCCCUUCCUCGCCCGAGGCGGGGCCGGAGGACGAGGGGCAGCACGUCGACCUCGACAUGCUCGAGCGGGGCGAGCGGCGCUUCCGCGCCCUCAACCCGCACGGCUGCAUCGACUUUAUGCUCGCGGGCUCGAUUGGCUUUAGCGAGUACCUCGACGCCCUCUCGGCCCACCUCCAGUACUGGACCCACCCGGACUUUGCCACUUUCGUCCUCACCCAGCUCUUUGCUGACUGGAGCGGCGGCGAUAACGUCACCGUCGUCCCCGACGUCGAGAUUCCGGGGAAGCCGGGGGAAGGGGAGGACGACGAGGAGCAGGAGGAAGACGAGGAUGAUCAAGAGGGAGAGGAAGAUGAAGAUGACGAGGACAGUGACGAGUUCGAGAAAGAGUAG